AUGGCGCCCCGACCAUCCAUAGCGCGGCGCACGCUCGCACCGCAGGGCGAACAUAUCUACGAACUCGGUGUGGUAGGGAGGAAAACUGGUGUGACGGUUCCCGACUCGGGAGUACGCGACGAACAUGGCAUGGAGCCGAUCGAGAAUCUUUUUUCGUCUCCCGGCAAGUCGGACCACGAGGACCAGCAGGAUGAAGGGUCCGACGAGUAUGGGAGCGGCGAGGAGGCUAUGGAUAUCACUACAACAUCUGGAAUUGGCCCGGCGGCGCUUCUCAACGGCCACGGGAGUAGGUUACCCGUGUCCUUGUCACGCAUCCGGUCACCAGCAAAACCGCUGCUCAACUCGCCCGCUCAACGAAACCGGUUCCUCGCGCGCAACUCCUCAUCUCCAGCACGCGGUGCCGUCAUUAGAAAUGACGAUUCCCGAUCUAGCAGCCAACCGACGAACGAUCAAACCGCAACCAAGCGCAAACUCGACUUCGGAAGUGUCGCAAACGGGGGGCCACACUCGCUAUCACAGCCCCAGGCUCACGGCAAUCGCCUACAACCACUGCGCCACGAUUCAGAAGAGGAAGAGGAGGCGCAAAGCGAAGGUGGUCAUGGAGCGGAAGACGACGAGGUUAACGACUUUGUCGAGGAAUCCAUGGCCAUGCUGAACGAGGGCGAAGACUACGAACUUGCCGAACAAGAGCAAGAUCUGGAACCGGCGCAAAGCGAGGAAGAGGAAGAGGAUCCGCCGGCUCCUGCCGCCAAGAAGAAACCAGGCCGGCCACCAAAGCAAAAAGUGGCCGCAUCAGCAAAGGCGGUGAAACCUCAGAAAAAGCCUACCCGACAAGUCGUGGAAGAGGAAGUGGAAGAGGAGGAGGAGGAGGAGGGCCCAGAAGAGGACGGCGGGCACUCGGAAGAGGAACAGGAGCCGACGCCUAAACCACAAAAGCCAACACCUGGGAAACGCGGCCGACCUCCCAAGGCCGGCAAGGCCCAAGCUGCAGCACCGCCACCCCCUGCCCGCGGCUCUAAGAAGCGCCGCUCGCUGGACGAAGAGGCCGCAGCCGAGGAGCCCUCACCAGAACCGCAACCCAAGCGCCAACGGACGUCACCCGCCGCCAACGCCAAAAAGCCAGGCAAGAAGGCUCCCGAAACGGCCCCCGCCCCAGCCCCGAAGCCGCGUGGGCGGAAGCGCAAAUCAUCCAUCGACCCGGGUGAUGUCUCGCAAGUGGCCAUCGCGCGGCGGCCGCCGCUGCCCAAGUCGCGCGGCCUGCUCAUCAACCGGCGCGAGGUGCCCGGCGACCCGGGCUCGUCCAUGAGCCGCACGCGGUCCGGGCGCACGUCCUUCAAGCCGCUCGCCUACUGGCGCAACGAGCGCGUCGAGUUCGACAAGGACGAGGCCGAGGACGCCUUCGUCGGCCGCAGCCGCAGAAGCCGCUUCGUCCUGCCUAGCGUCAACGCCGUCCACCGCGUCGACGAGCCCGAGCCCGAGGUGCGCGCCAAGUCUCGUCGGGGCGGUGGUGGUGGUGGGAGGAAGGGUGCCGCGAAGCGCGGGCGGCGGAGGCGGAGUGGCGGGUUUGAGGACGAUGAUGAUGGGGAAGAUGACGGCCCUGCUGAGGUGUGGGAGCUGGAUCCGGGGACUGUCACGGGCGAGGUGGUCGUUUGGCAGCCCGAGUACGAGUUCAGCCCGCCGGCGCCGAACGAUCUCGUCAGCGUCAUGGACAAGCAGCUUGCCAUCAGCGGGCCGGCCAUCAAGACGACCGAGGUGGUGGGCGGCGAGUUCCGCUACGCCAAGGUGUUCAGCGAGGGCUUCAUCGGCGCUGGUGUGGUGGACCUGCCGCCGGGGGCCAUCAAGCGAUUGAAAAACUCGCGCAAGGUCUUCAUGAUCUUUUUUGUGCACGCUGGCCGGGUGUUGGUAACCGUUCAGGAGACGAGUUUCCGCAUCAGCAAGGGUGGGAUAUUUAUCGUGCCUAGGUACAACGAAUACACAAUAAACAAUGACUACGAUCAGUCGGCCCGCAUAUUCUUCGCGCAAGGGCAAGAAAUGGCGGUAAACGCGCCACCAGAACAAGACGCCGCCGAGGAAGAGGAAGACGCGGACGAAGAGGUGGAGGUGAGCGAAGGGGAGGAGAUGGACAGCGAGGACGAGUGA